UAAUUUAUUGGGUACUUAGUUGUUGGGCUUUUAAUCAAAAUUAUGAAAAUUGGAUUUUUAAUGAAUUCUGCAAAACAUUUUAUUACAUAUUUUUUUCAGAUUGGGUUUGAUAAAUUUCUUCAAAAUUCUAUCAAAGGUUCUUGAAAACAAUUGAAGACAUUCAUAAUAAGUAUAACAAAUUUUUGAAUCAGAUUUUUUAUGUAUGCUGAUAAUUUUGCCAGGCACUUGUCUGAAAUAUUUUUUCUCUUCCUAAUGUUUCAAUCUCAGGAAUUUCUUUUUUCAGUAAACAUUUUGAAACUAACAGACUUUCUGCUAAAUAUUCUUUGUUCAUUUACACUUUCAAAAAAACAAAACGCAAUAUCAUAUUUUCUUAUCCCACUUAGAAGUGAAGCUUUAGCUGUCAUCUUCUUUCUAUUAUUUUGACAAAGUUUAACAGAAUAUUUUUCGAAAUCAGUGAUGAAAGCCACAUAUUGCCCAAUAUUAUUUACUCUUUUUCCUGGGUAUAUGAAUAUCAUUUCCUUUCUUAUAUUUUGAGUAACUUCAUCAAUACUGAAUUCAUAUAUUUAUUCAGUAAGUUCUUAAAAAAAUUAUUUGGAUGCGUUUAACACCACAAACUGGAUCUAAAGUACAUUUUUCUCUUCAACAUUUUCCAUUUACGCAAUCAUUUUAUCUACAGAUCUGAAAAAAGAUGGAACGGGCAGAGACUGACUAAAGUGAGUUAUCAUUAUUGAUGAAUUAACGUAGUUGAAAAAAUUUUAUAACUUGUCUCUAAUCUUCAUUAGGUAGAAGUUAAAAGAGUCGGAGGAAAGUAGUCACCCAUCAAUAACAGUAAGAAGUACUUGGUAUUUAACAUUUCUGUAGUGGUACUUUUUACUCAAGUACAAUUAUAAUGAAAAUAUGUUACAUUGCAGUCAUUCUUUAUCUAUUUCAUGAAAAAUCGUACUUAUACUUAAAUAAGAGGUCUGAAAUGAAUGAUUUUAAAAAAAAAAGUUUUGCACCAAAUUUUUAAACUGAAUAUCAGUAAUUUAAAUAGAUGAUAUAUUUGAUUGUUUACAUUGAACAGAAAAUGAGGAAUACAUUUUUUUUUAGUAUAAAUAAUGAUAUUUUUUAUCAUUCUAUUCAAGAUUCAAAUAGAAGUGAAUUUUAUAUGUUUUAAUAAUGUUUGAUAUUGAUAUAGUUGCUCAAUUAUAUUGUAUAUGUCUAUCAAGACUGAUUUUCCAUUUGCAGAAUUUCAUAUUAUUUGCAAUUCAAAAAUCAUUUAUACCUAAGUAAUCAGUGUAAAAUUUCACUCCUGAUUUUCAAAGCCCAACUUUAAGAAUCACAAAGUGACAAAGAACACUCAGUUUUUACUGAAUUGAAUGAAAACGUUUGCAUGUCCGUCAAUUUAAGGUUCCUCCUUGGAAUUUCGUCUUACUCGGUGUAUUUUUUCAGAAGUAUUGAAUCUGGAUCAAGUAAAGCAACCCCUUUGUCUUUGUCUACAUCACGGAAGAGCUGAAUGGAAGGCCCAAAGAAAAUGGAGAUUCUCGAAAGGAUAGAUACUCUGACAGCAAAAAGCGAAGCCGCAGCCGUUCCAAGGACAGAAAAAGAACUAAACAUGAUUCAGACAAGAAACGGAGCCGUAGUAAAGACAGGAAAAGGUCCAGAGAUCGUCGGAGGACAAAAUCACGAGACAGAAAAUCUAGAUCUAAAGACAGAAUGUCCAGAUCUAAAGAUAGAAGGUCCAGAUCAAGAGAUAGAAAGUCCAAGUCCAAAGAUAGAAAAUCCAGAUCUAGGGAUCGUAGAUCUAGAUCCAGAGAAAUAGUAUCCAGAUCUAGAGAUCGGCGAUCCAAAUCAAGAGACAAUAAGAGGUCAAAAUCCAGGGAUAGAGUUUCGAGGAGAAAGUCCAGAUCUAGAGAUAGAAAAAGUAGUCCGAUUAGAGAUCGUCGCAAGAGUUACAGCAAGGAGCGCCGACGUAGAUCCAGAUCGAAGAAACGCAGUCCUUCGCCCCAUAAGGCCCCUCCUUUUGGACGCAAGAGGUCCCCGCUACGUGCAAGGUCGGGAUCGCCGCUGGAAGAGUUGAGCCCCGAGGAACGCGACGCCCGAACUGUCUUUGCCAUGCAACUGUCCCAGAGGAUACGAGCCAGAGACCUGGAAGAAUUCUUCAGCUCUGUCGGUAAAGUUAGAGAUGUAAGGCUGAUUAUGUGUAACAAAACGAGACGGUUCAAGGGAAUCGCAUACAUUGAAUUCAAGGAUCCUGAGAGUGUCGCUCUGGCCUUAGGAUUGUCCGGACAGAAGUUGCUGGGCAUCCCCAUCAUCGUGCAACACACCCAAGCAGAAAAGAACCGUAUGGGUAACUCCAUGCCUAACCUUAUGCCAAAAGGAAUGACGGGACCGAUGAGACUCUACGUGGGGUCCUUACAUUUUAACAUUACCGAAGACAUGCUCCGGUCUAUUUUCGAACCUUUCGGGAAGAUAGAAAAUAUACAGCUGAUAAUGGACCCAGAAACGGGACGUUCCAAAGGUUAUGGUUUCGUUACUUAUCACAAUUGCGACGAUGCCAAGAAAGCUCUGGAACAACUCAACGGGUACGAACUGGCAGGCAGACCGAUGAAAGUGGGUAAUGUUACCGAAAGGAUGGACCUCCAACAGCAACAGGGCCCCUCCAUAUUGGAUUCCGAUGAAUUGGACAGGUCGGGUAUCGAUCUGGGUGCUACGGGUCGUCUUCAGCUCAUGUUCAAGUUGGCAGAAGGUGCUGGUAUGCAGGUACCGCCUGCUGCAGCAACGGCUCUUAGUAUGGCAACGGGCCAACCAAUAGUGCCUAGGGUGCAGGCUCAGAGCACGCCCCCAAUCGCCACUCAGUGCUUCAUGUUGAGCAACAUGUUCGAACCCUCAAGCGAGUCGAAUCCAAAUUGGGAUGUCGAAAUCAGGGACGACGUAAUAGAAGAAUGCAACAAACAUGGAGGAGUGUUGCACGCUUAUGUAGACAAAGGGUCGCCUCAGGGUAACGUAUAUGUGAAAUGUAUAUCCAUCUCGACCGCAGUGGCGUCCGUGAAUUCCUUGCACGGAAGGUGGUUUGCGGGAAGAGUCAUAACAGCAGCUUACGUUCCUUUAGUGAAUUAUCAUGCACUUUUCCCCGAUGCCAUGACAAUGAGCCAGUUAUUAACACCGUCGAAUAGGAAAUAGUGUGUGAAAAUCAGUCGAUUGAUUAUUUUUUAAUUUUUUUCUCAAAGGAACUGAAACUUCAUUGAGCCUUAUGCAAUCGAAGAUCGUAUUUCUAGAUGAUAUGUUGGUUGGAUUUAAGAAUGGAAUAAUUGUUAUGUUCAGGUUUUUCACAUUUGAACAUAAUGUAAAUUUUUUUUGUUGAUUGACUUGGUAAAUAAUGAGAAAUAAUGAAUUUUUUUUAUGUUAUCUAAUUGGAAUCUAAUUAUUAUACAUCCAAGUUGCAAAGAUUUGUAAAAAGUAAGUUAAUAAAU